GCUGGCGCCCCCGCCUGACGCUGGAGGCUGCGCGCGGCCGCCCACCAUCGAGGCGACGGCGGCUAGAGAGGCCGGCGGGCCCCGGGUGCCGCGGCGGCGCGGCCGCAGGGUACGCGCGCCGGGCGGCCCCGCGCCACUGGCUUUGUAGCCAUUUUAGGAGGACACACGGUCUGCUAGCUGGGGCGCGGCUUCAACUUUAAUAACUUUAUUGGUGGCGUUAUCCGUAGAGCAGGCGUCGCGCCAGUGGCUGGGGGAGGAGGGCACGCAUCGCGGGAGGUGAUUGGGGGUGGGGGCGUCCCUGGGCCGGGAACGCGGGGAUGCAGGAGAGUCGCCGAAAGCGGGUUUCCUGAACAGCGGGCAGCGAGGGAGUCGGGGGUUUCGGGCACUACUGGAGGCCAAGGGAGGGAGGGGACCCCGGGGCGCCGCUGCCCUGGGGCGGGGAUUCCCUUGCCUGGGUCCCCAGGGGCGGGGCCGGGGGCGCCCCUGACGCUGCCACUGGGGUGUUCCCCGCUCCUUGUCGUUCCCUACGGCAGGUGGCCUCCGACUCGAGCUGCAGCCAUGGGAAACACCACCAGCGACAGGGUGGCCGGGGAGCGCCACGGCGCCAAGGCUGCGCGCGCCGAGGGCGCCGGCGGCCAUGCUCCAGGCAAGGAGCACAAGAUUAUGGUGGGGAGCACUGACGACCCCAGCGUCUUCAGCCUGCCGGACUCCAAGCUCCCUGGGGACAAAGAGUUUGUAUCAUGGCAGCAGGAUUUGGAGGACUCCGUAAAGCCUACACAGCAGGCCCGGCCCACUGUUAUCCGCUGGUCUGAAGGAGGCAAGGAGGUCUUCAUCUCUGGGUCCUUCAACAAUUGGAGCACCAAGAUUCCACUGAUUAAGAGCCAUAAUGACUUUGUUGCCAUCUUGGACCUCCCUGAGGGAGAGCACCAGUACAAGUUCUUUGUGGAUGGACAGUGGGUUCAUGAUCCAUCAGAGCCGGUGGUUACCAGUCAGCUUGGCACGAUUAACAAUUUGAUCCAUGUCAAGAAAUCUGAUUUUGAGGUGUUUCAUGCUUUAAAGCUAGAUUCAAUGGAAAGCUCAGAGACAUCUUGUCGAGACCUUUCCAGCUCACCCCCAGGGCCUUAUGGUCAAGAAAUGUAUGUGUUUCGAUCCGAGGAGAGAUUCAAAUCCCCACCUAUCCUCCCUCCUCACCUUCUCCAAGUGAUUCUUAACAAGGACACGAAUAUUUCUUGUGACCCAGCCUUGCUCCCUGAGCCCAAUCAUGUUAUGCUGAACCAUCUCUAUGCAUUGUCCAUUAAGGACAGUGUGAUGGUCCUUAGUGCAACCCAUCGCUAUAAGAAGAAGUAUGUCACCACUCUGCUAUACAAGCCCAUCUGAAGGGAUCCCCUCCUGCCUCCCAGGAUUCAGGAGAAGCAUCUCCCUUGCCUUUCUGGACUGGACCAGUCUUACCUGAGACUGGAAGGCCGAUGUGCUUUGAGGCUGAUAUGUGUGUUUCAGAGCCUCUGAGUAGGAUGCUCUGCUUUUGCAUUUUAUUGCAGAUGAGAGCCUUAUGAGUUCAUGGAAUUCAUUUUAAGAAAAAAAAUAUAUAUAUAUACGCAUAUGAGAGGAAGGUUAAUGGAAGCCUCCUAUCUAGAUGUAUUCUCUCUGCCUGUGGGGACUCAACAAGACGUGUUUAAGGGAGCUGCAGGAAGAACCAUUACAGGAAGCUUUUUUCCUAAAAUGAAUGAAGAGCAAACUCUCAGGAUCCCUGUUGGGUGGAGAUUCUGUCACUGCUACCUUGGCGUUCCAAGGGAUGGACUUGUGCCAGACUGCUGCCCUACUUAUAGCUGCCUCCUUGCAAGGCAGCUUUUCUUGCAUGGGUUCUCUGUGUUCCUAGAGUAUGUGGCACAAUCUGUGUUUUUUAUAUGAUACCAGAUGCUCCACAAGAACCCUUUUUCCCCUCAUUUCACAUUCUUGCUUUGAUAACCUCCUUCAAAUCCUAUACUCAAACCUUCCCUAACACAAAAUGUAUUGGGUAAGUGACGCCUUUCAAAGGCUGUGUGAGACCUGACCCACCUCAGAGACUAGGGCUACUAGACAGUUUCCUGUUUAGCCUAGCACAGGCGCUGGCCAUUUGGUUACUGCUUGUUUUAACUUCUGCUAAAGAAAAUAUGGCUCAGCAUUAUAAGAGACGCAGAAUGCACAAGGUCUACUUGUUUUAGUUUGGUGCCACAGCUUAGGCUGUAUUGGCACAUUCCCAUAAGUUUUCCCACCUGGCCUGGCCCUGCUUCCAUAUUUUCUUUUGCAGAGCAGACAGCUUUGAAGGUGGGAGUGGAACCAGCGAAAACUUUUGUAUCUUUUAUCCUUGGAAGAUUUUUAUGUGUCAACAUUUUUCUUUAAUUAAAAAAUGCUUUUUCAUUGGUCUUUAAGAGACUGCAUAGGAAAACUUAAGCCUCUUGAUAAAUGGUUCCCGAGACUUUCUUCCCUAGUCUAGUUCUAUAUGAUCUUACAUUAAUGUGGCCAACCCUGUGUACAUCAUUACAGUAAACACUGCUCUAGAUAUGGAUUCAUUCAGGCUCAUUUGAUGCACCUAAAAGGUUCUCUCAACUUAAAGAUUCAUUAGGCCAAGAAACAAGAAAGUACCCUUGGUGUUCCCAAAAUGAAAAAUAUUGCUUCCCUGCGCUAAGUGCUAAUAGGAUCAUUUUGUUCUGCCUCUUUUUUAAAAAAGUGUUUGAUGAUGAAGUGGAGUCAGUAAUUUCCAUUUAUGGAAUGAAAAGUAGCUAUUCAAUCCACUCUUGGGGUUCAGAGAGAAAACAUUUUUUUCCAAGUAUCUGUGGCUGUUCCAAGUAUCUGUGGCUGUUCCAUUACAGAUAAAUGCAGGUCAAACAUUCAAAACUCGAGGAAUUUUGAACUGAAGGAAUCUCAAACUUGAUGCUUAAGAGACUCUUGGACUGCUAAGAUGAGCCCAGCCACAUUGAAAGGGCACCUACAGGUCAGUUUAGCUACCUCCUGUCUUUCCCAUGCGAAGCUGAUGACACAAUUGUCUUCGUAUAUAGACCUCUUAGACCCUGGGUGUGAGGUAAUAGGAUAUGGGGUUGUGGUUUUGCUGGGAAUGCAAAUUGCUAAGUGCUUUGGUGGUUAAUUGCUGAAAAUAAUACUGCUUUAGUACUCAAGGCCACCUUCUGCAGCAAAAGCCUUUUGUGGAGAACCUUUUAUGGUCCCAACCAAUUUUUGAAUGGUGUGCCAUU